UCGAAGAAAGGAAUUCCGGUUCACACCGCUAAUCGGCUACAACGGUGGGCGCUAACUAUGUUGUUGUAUAAUUUCAAAAUCGAAUUCAAAUCAACGGAAAGCUUUGGAUACGCCGACUUCCUAUCAAGACUCAUAAAUCAGCAUGCUAAACCUGAAGAGGAAUAUGUUAUCGCAAGUACUCGAAUGGAGACCAGCAUUAGAAUAAUCCAAACCGAAUCACUUUCUUCGCUUCCAAUCACACACGAAAUGGUUGUAGCUGCUACUAAGGAAGAUAAAACACUUCUGAAUGUACUUCAACAAAUCAGAACUGGAUGGUCAACAACCAAUAUGGCACCUGAUGUGAAACCGUAUCGUGCACGACAAGAAUCGUUAUACAGUUCAGGGGAUUGUGUCAUGUUAUCGGAUAGAGUGGUCAUUCCAGAUGUUCUUCGUACACCAGUUCUAAAGCAGCUACAUGCUGGACAUCCUGGGAUGGAGCGAAUGAAAGCUAUAGCACGCAGCUACGUAUUUUGGCCAAACAUCGAUGCGGACAUUGAAGAUUACGUUCGACGAUGCUCCCGUUGUGCAGCAGUAGCCAAGUCUCCCACAAAGACAACACUUUCAUCUUGGCCAAUUCCUACACAGCCAUGGUCUCGUAUCCAUGUGGACUAUGCCGGACCAUACAAGGACAAAUUUUUUCUGGUUAUCGUCGACGCUCUCACCAAGUGGCCAGAAAUAUAUUGCACGAACUCCAUGACAUCAUCCGUCACUAUAAACAAGCUUUUCGAAACCAUAGCAAGGUUUGGAUUACCAGAUGUAAUCGUGACUGACAACGGGACAUAGUUUGAUUCAAAUUCCUUCGCAAAGUUUUGUGAAAAGAAUGGAAUAGAACAUAUUAAAAUUCCACCAUUUCAUCCUCAGUCGAACGGACAAGCCGAGCGGUUCGUCGAUACAUUGAAAAGGGCGUUAACAAAAAUGGAAUGUGAUGCAAUUGAAGAGGCACUUCAAACGUUUCUGUUCACGUACAGAUACACUCCAAACAAAUAUAUUGAAGAUUCAAAAUCACCUGCCGAAGCGAUGCUUGGAAGAAAAAUCAAAAUGAAUUUGGACCAUCUAAAAAAACAACAACCCAAGUCGUUACAGGUUAAUCAUCAGCAAAAUUACCAAUUUAAUAGAUCUCAUGGAGCCAAAGAAAGGAUGUUUGCUGCCGGUGAUGAAGUAUACGCAGAAAUUCAUAUACGCAAUAAACGAUACUGGGCUGCUGGAAAGAUAAUCGAAAAAAAAGGAAGUGUGACGUACAACGUGUUUCUUGACGACCGUCCGGUAGCGUAUGCGAUGUACGAUUCCGUCGACCAUGAGCUCGAUCGACUGGAAAAACUCAACAUCAUCACUCCUGUCGACUACUCCGAAUGGACCGUUCCUAUUGUCGUCGUCGUUCCUAUUAUUGUCGCAAACGCAAAGCCAGCGGUACCAUCCGACUUUUCCGAGACUACUCCACGGGUGGACUCCGGAGUGCCAAAAACAUCAAGGUUGUCCAGCAUACCUACAGAGCACUCACGAAAGCUGAGCAAGGUUACAGUCAGCCGGAUCGUGAAGGUUUGGCCAUCGUCCUCGCCGUUACGAAGUUCCACAAGAUACUCUUCGGACGGCACUUUCGUUUGCAAACGUAUUCUCUGCUGCGGAUUUUUCGGAUUCAAGAAAGGUAUUCAAGUCUACACUGCAAACCUCCUUCAACGCUUCGCACUCAAUCUGCUGCUGAACGAUUUCGACAUCGAGUACGUGCUCAUUCACAAGUUCGGCAACGCGGACCUGCUUUCCUGGUUGAUCAUUCAGGACGUCGGGCCCGAUGAGCAUUACAUCAUCGCAAGCCUGAACCUGGAAGAGGAUCUCAGCUCCGAGUUCGGUGAUUUCUGCGCCUCCAACAGCAUCGAACACCUCACGUGGGCUCCGUUUCAUCUACAGUCCAAUGGCCAAGCGGAAAGAUUCGUGGACACCUUCAAAUGGGCCGUGCAGAGGAUUAGAGAGGGGGAGGAUCGAUACAAGAAGCAUUGUAUAUUUUUCUUCUAA